AAAGAGGGUCUCGGAUCAAUGGGAAACGAUGCUCCUUUGGCUUGUCUGUCGNAUCCCCUGGUAUUUGACUAUUUUCAGCAAUUGUUUGCCCAAGUAACCAAUCCACCUAUCGACCCAUUCCGUGAGCGUAUCGUGAUGACUUUGACUUGUCCGAUCGGGCCACAAAAGAACAUUCUCAUUCCAUCACCUCUCCAAGCAAAUCGACUAUGGAUUUCGCACCCUAUCAUGACACUGGCUGAUUGCAAUUUGCUACGUUGUAUGGACGGUACACUGGCCACACGUUGUACACGAACCAGUGAGGUUCUAGCCUGGUCCAGUCACGUGUUAGAUGCCACAUUUUCCGCAGAUCAGGCCCGAGAAGAGGCUGCCUCACUCGGUUCCCAAUUGGGCACGGCAUUGCAACUGCUUUGUCGAAAUGCGGAACAGGCGAUCACGGAACGGUGUGCACAGUUACUGAUCAUCAGUGAUCGAGCCGUGGGCCCUGACCGCAUACCGAUUCCGGCGUUGUUAGCUCUCGGUGCGGUACAUCAGCAUUUGCUUCGCAAGCAAUUACGUAUGCAGGUGGGGCUGAUUGUGGAAACCGGAGAAGCCAAAGAAGUGCAUCAUUUUUGCACUCUGGUCGGAUUCGGGGCGGAUGCGAUUUGUCCGUAUCUGGUGUUCGAAUCGAUUGCAUCGUUGGUGUCCGACGGACUGAUAACCCCGUCUGCGGAUACAAUCACAGAUGUAGAACGGAAGUAUGUGGCCGCAGUUCAAACGGGAUUUUACAAAGUCAUGGCUAAAAUGGGCAUCUCCACAUUGCACAGUUACAAAGGAGCACAGAUUUUCGAAGCCGUCGGUUUAGCCGAAUCCGUAGUGGACAUGUGUUUUCGCGGUGCGGCCAGCCGUAUAGGUGGAGCGGAUUUCGACGUCCUGGCCAAAGAGACCUUCGCACGUCACAUGUUGGCUUUCCCCGAGGCGAUGACAAUGAGCACGGAGAUCAACGAUUUUUCACACAAUCCCGGUUUCUAUCAUUGGCGUUCCGGGGCUGAUCGUUUUCAUUUCAUGCUCGAUGACGCCAAAUUCGCGGUGAAGGCGGCAGCAAAAACAAACAGUCGCGAAGCCUACAAAAUGUUUGCCGAAUUGGCCGACGAAAGCGCCCGAUUUUGUACUCUACGCGGACAAUUUGAUUUCAACUACGCUGUGAAACCAGUUCCACUGGACGAGAUUGAACCAGCCGCGGAAAUUGUUAAGCGCUUCUCCACAGGUGCAAUGAGCCUGGGUAGCAUAUCAGCCGAGACGCAUGAAGCAUUGGCCAUAGCAAUGAACCGUAUUCAAGCCCGUUCAAAUACUGGCGAGGGUGGAGAACGACCGGAACGCUAUCUACAUCCGGAAUUGCGAUCAUCCAUUAAACAGGUGGCUUCGGCCCGAUUCGGUGUGACUAGUUCGUAUUUGGCUCAUGCGGAUAUGUUGCAGAUCAAAAUGGCUCAAGGAGCGAAACCCGGUGAAGGUGGAGAAUUGCCCGGAUACAAAGUCACAGAAGAAAUAGCCAGAACUCGGUUUUCAGUGCCUGGAGUCGGUUUGAUCAGCCCUCCACCACAUCACGAUAUCUAUUCUAUCGAGGAUCUAUCACAACUCAUUUACGAUUUGAAAGCGGCGAAUCCACUCGCAUUGGUUAGUGUCAAAUUGGUGUCCGAGGUUGGAGUCGGUGUGAUAGCUGCUGGUGUGGCCAAGUGGUUCAUCAAAUCGGUUAUGGCCCAAAAUGUUGGUUUUUGUUCACUCUCCUUGGUAGGGAAAACACCUCCGACACAGGGGCAGCGAAUGAAGUCUCCUCGGCAGAAGCUGCUUGAGAGGCUUGAGCGUAUGGAGGCAUUUUACGGGAUCAAAGAGAAGGGUGACCAGCCACAACCUCAAGCAUCCACUUCCGACGAUACUAAAGAGCAUCUGUAA